AGCAGCCUCCCAACAAUGAGGCUUUAUCUCAUUGUCUCUGCCUCACCCUCCCUCUGUCCUGGUGAUAACCCACAGGCCACUCACUUGCCCAGGGCCUGGGCACCACUAGCCAGGCCUCCGCCCCACGGAUCACGCCUCACUGCGGACCUCUUCUCUACAAACCCCGGUGCUCUCAAGUCGCCAGUGAGCGAGCAGACCACCACCCCAGAAGACCAGCGCAGCCCUGAAGACCCCCUCACGCCUCCCCCACCUGCUGCCUCCCUCACCCCCGAGCCCCACAACCCCGGUACCCCUCCCGACCUGUUUGAGUCUGUGGCGGAGGGGCCGGUGGUGGUGCAGGGAGGCAGCCCCAAGCUCUCCUCCGUACCCCUAGACCUGCCUGCCGGGGGGAACGGGGGGGAAGGCAAGCAGCAGGAGCAGGAGGAACCCCAAGGCCCUGUAGAGGCAGCACUUAGCAUCGAGGGAGAGGGAGAAGGGGAUGUGACCUCUAGUGACCUAAUUCCUGACCCAAGCUCAAACCCUGUUCCUCCUCCUGCCUUGUUGCAUGACCCGCCCAAUUUCCUGGGGGACACUGACACCACUGAGGUCUCGCUUGAUGACGGGAAGACGAAGCCAACAUUCUUCCCUACCCCCCUUCAGGAAGUGUCCCUAGAGGAGGAAGGAGACGAACCUGAUAUAUUUGAUACCAUGUCAUCCCCCAAGCUGCAACUGAAUCAGGAUACGUCUGAGCCCCCAGUGCCUCCCUCCAGCAUCCUACCCCCCAUGGGUGCUCCCCUCACCCCCCCUGUGGUGCCCAUCACCCCCACAGCCACGCCCAGCCUCACCCCAAACAUCACCCCGGCUGCACCCACCCCGGUGACCCCUGUGGCUGUGGCACGCUCCAGCCCUGAGCAGGCUGAGGGCGAUGGUGGGGACGAGUUCAUCCAGAUCACCGUGUCCGACCCACAGAAGAUUGGGGAUGGCAUGAGUUCCUACAUGGCCUACAAGGUGACCACCAAGACCAACGUGUCCUAUUUCAGGAAGAAGCACUGGAGUGUCAUGAGGAGGUUCAGUGACUUCUUGGGUCUGCACCGCAAGUUGGUUGAGAAGCACCUCCACUCAGGCCGAGUCAUCCCUCCCGCCCCUGAGAAGUCUGCCAUUGGGACCACCAAAAUCAAGCUGGGCAGUGACAAGAAUGCUGACUCUGGCUCUCUGGACUUCAUUGAGAGGCGUCGGGCAGCCCUGGAACGCUACAUGAACCGGACCAGCACCCACCCCACCCUGCGUGCUGACCCUGACUUCCGGGAGUUCGUCGAGCUGGAUGCCGAGCUGCCCCGCGCCACACAGACGUCAGCACUGAGCAGUGCUGGUGUGCUGCGUCUGCUCAAUCGAGUCGGGGAGACAGUCAACAAGAUGACCUUCAAGAUGGAUGAGAGUGACCAGUGGUUUGAGGAGAGGACCCAGCAGAUUGAAAGCCUUGAUGCCCAGCUGAGGAAAUUACACGCAUCGAUGGAAAGACUUGUCAACUACAGGAGGGAGCUGGCCCUGAGCACUGCAGCAUUCGCCAAGGCCACUGCUGUGCUGAGUAGUGUGGAGGAGCAUUCAUCACUGAGUCGAGCCCUCCACCAGCUGUCUGAGUCCACUGAAAGGACACAGACCAUACACCAUGCCCAGGCUGAUGCUGACUUUUAUGUGCUGAGUGAGAAUACCAAAGACUACAUUCAACUCAUCUCAGCAGUUAAGGACGUUUUCCACGAAAGAGUGAAGACAUUCCAGACGUGGCAGCAUGCACAGAUCACGCUGGCCAAGAAGCGUGAGGCCAAAGCCAAGGCAGAGCUGGCCGGCCGCAUGGACAAGGUGCAGCAGGCCCAGGAAGAGGUGACUGAGUGGGAAGGAAAGGUGGAGCGCAGCCAGGAGGAGUUUGAACGCAUCUCCCGUGCCAUCAAGAAGGAGAUGGAGCAGUUUGACGUGAUGCGUGUCAAGGACUUCAGGGACAUGGUCAUCAAGUACCUGGAGGACCUCAUGACCUCACAGCAGCAGAUCAUCAAGGUGUGGGAGACGUUUAUCCCGGAAGCCAAGGCCAUCUCGUAAAGAGCUGCCGGGUGCCAGGGGAGAGCGACAGGUGUGUGCUUGUGUUGGCUGUUCCCCCAGUCCAUUCUCAAGCCUGGGGGGAGCCUCCUUCACCUCCAGGACCAGGGCUCGGCUGUGACGAGGUGGCACCAUCAGCAUUCCUGAGGCAGCAUCACGGGCCGCACUGAUUAGCCAUCUGUCUUCAGUUAUGGAUACGUCUUGCAUUCCCAGCUUGCGUGACUACAGCUGUUGUCAUCAUUAUUAUUAUUACUACUAUUGUUUUAUCAUUAUGUUAUUGACAAAGUUUUAUAUAUUGUAAUUCCGAUCAUAUCCUGUAGACUAGUGUUUGUACAUUUUGGUGCACCUUUGACUGAUGGAUGAGUGAAAUUUGCAUUGAUUUAGGGCUCUAUGUGGUCAAGAACAGGUGUAUUUUGUUACCUGGCACCUCGGCACUGACUUGGUAUAAAUAUAUAGCCCAUGUUUUGUAUAAAUUUAUCAAUGGGGCUGGCAUGUACCCAAUUACCCAGAGAUUAUUGUGUAGGGAGUAUUGAGUAAGGCCAAAGAAAAUAGAGGGCUACUGAGGUGCAUCUGCUGCAUCUGGUGGAUAGCAACUUGAAACACAACACUGAAGUCAGCCAUUGGGACGCUCUGCCCACCCCACCGCUACAGAAUGUUAGGUCAUAAAGGUUUGGAAUGGUUGAGAUAGGAUCUGACCAGAAAGAAUUACUGUUAUGGACUAUUUUCCACUGAAUUAUCUACUAUUAUCUUCUCCACAAAGUGACUAUCAGUUCUUUUUUCAGUCUGUUUAUUCAGUUGUAUUAUUGCAGUUGUAUUUUGCAUGCUUUAUUUCUUGAAAAAAAUUUUAUUCUCACAAAGGAUCAAUUGCUAUGUAAAAAAAAAAGUAAAUUUGGGUUUGAUUCUGUAUUUGAUUAGUAUUACAGAUAUCAGAUAAAACACUUGCUUUAAUAUGCUUAUGUACAUCAAUGGAGCCUUCUGUGGAAUGUUACAGCAUUAUUUAGUUAAUUUUCAAAUACUGUUGUUUUGAAGCUGCUCUUCAGUUGAACAGUAUUGUUAAGGAUUUCUGGUAAGCUGUUUUAAGAAUCAGUAAUGUUGAAAUAUA